UCAGGGAUUUCUUUCUAAUAUCCUUUUCUAUGUAAGAUAAGGACUGCAAUUCAUUAUACCAUUGGAGGAGCCGGAGGCUUUGGUAUUUCUUGACCGUUCAUCUCAAAUUUAGUGGGAGCGUAGUGUGUGUGUGUGUGUGUGUGUGUGUGUGUGUGUGUGUGUGUCGGUAGGUGGGUGUGUGUGUGGCUAUAUUAUAUUGGUGACUGGACUUUAACUAUGACACGAUGUUGGUUGCCUUUCAGGCUAAUCGUCUCUCUGUUUCAGGAGGUCAAAGAUCAUUUCAGCCUCAGUAUGCUUUCUACCUACCUACUAACGGAGGCAGCAAAUUUGGUCCUGGGCAACUGAGAGGUGACUUUUAUCACCAGUUAUUUUUCUUUACAUCUUUCUAUCAACAUAGCUCAGGGAACACUCAAGAAAUAAAAAAUUACACUUCACCAAGUACUAGCUUUCUGGGAUCUGAUCACUUCUAAGUGUAAACCUCUAUUACCCUAGCAAUGGUCCCUGGCGUUCCUUUUAUUCCUCUUAUAUAUAAACAUCACAAAAAAUAACAAACCCUCAAGCCCACAGCGAAGAGAACGCAAGCACGGCACCAUCCCUCUUCGUACUGCCGUUUUAACUUGGUAGAGGAGGUUAAAUUUUGGAGAGAAUGGUGGCAUUCAUAGGAGGGGCGGGGUAAAAGUGUUGUCUAAUUACACGUUAAUGGCAGAACUCGCCUUAACCACGUCCCUCCUGCACAGUGGUGAAUUUCUCCUGUGUGUUCCUGUGUGGAUCCCGAGACCCUUCUCGCUUUAAGAGAGCCUCCCGCGCCCCUCACUCCGCCCCUUCCCAAGUCUCUGGGCUCGUCAAAGCUUCCCGAGAGCCAUGGUUGGUCCAGGCAGGCAAUCGGAGCACCUCACGGAGCGGCUGCUAACCCGGGGUGGGGUGGGGUGGGGUGGAGGGGUCUGUUUGUAGUACUCUCAGUCCUGAUGUCACAGGCGCGGCAAGGACAUCGCAAGGAGGAGUCGGAUUACAGUAAGGAUGGGCAGUGCAGCAGGCAGCCCGAGCGCACUCUCCAGCCGCCGGGGAUCUUAGCCCUGGAAAGGCAGCCUGCAAGGCGCUCAUCCCGCGGAGGAGGCACGCUCUCGGCGCUCACUGCUCUCCACGCCGGGGACAUUUCCACCGAAUGUAGCAUGAAACGGCUCUGCUCUGCAUGCCAGCCUUGGGUGAGAGCUGAUGCUGAAGACACCGCGGUGGGAUUCCAGCUGUCUGAUUAAUGAGAAACAUAAUGUAUUUUGGUGGUACAUGCCAGAGUCCUGCUCUCCCAGCCCUUGUCCGUCCACCAGCCCCUCCUUUGCAACCAUCGCUGGAUAUUAAACCAUUUCUUCCCUUUCCUCUUGACACUGCAGCUGCAGUCAACCUCUUCCCCAAUUUCAAUGCGAUGGACCCGAUUCAGAAAGCUGUAAUAAACCAUACAUUCGGGGUUCCUCUUCCCCAUCGAAGAAAGCAAAUCAUAUCAUGCAACAUUUGCCAGUUGAGAUUUAAUUCUGAUAGCCAGGCUGCGGCCCACUACAAAGGCACGAAACAUGCCAAGAAGCUCAAAGCACUGGAAGCCAUGAAAAAUAAGCAGAAAUCUGUAACUGCCAAGGACAGCGCAAAGACUACCUUCACUUCCAUCACUACCAAUACCAUCAAUACCAGCUCUGACAAAACAGACGGUACUGCAGGGACACCAGCAAUAUCAACGACAACAACUGUGGAAAUCCGCAAAAGCAGUGUUAUGACAACUGAGAUCACCUCUAAAGUGGAAAAAAGCCCAACGACAGCCACUGGCAAUAGCUCAUGUCCUUCUACUGAGACUGAGGAAGAAAAGGCAAAACGGCUUCUUUACUGUUCGCUGUGCAAGGUUGCUGUCAACUCUGCCUCGCAGCUGGAGGCGCACAACAGUGGUACUAAGCACAAAACCAUGCUAGAAGCCCGGAAUGGAAGUGGCACUAUCAAAGCCUUUCCUAGGGCAGGAGUGAAAGGCAAAGGACCUGUUAAUAAAGGAAACACAGGCCUCCAAAAUAAAACAUUUCACUGUGAAAUCUGUGAUGUGCACGUCAACUCAGAAACGCAACUUAAACAGCACAUUAGCAGUAGAAGGCACAAAGACAGAGCUGCUGGGAAGCCCCCGAAACCUAAAUACAGUCCUUACAACAAACUACAGAAGACAGCACAUCCACUGGGGGUAAAAUUAGUAUUUUCAAAAGAACCUUCAAAGCCAUUGGCUCCACGAAUUCUACCAAAUCCUCUGGCAGCUGCAGCAGCCGCAGCAGCAGUGGCAGUGAGUUCCCCCUUCAGUCUUCGAACUGCUCCAGCAGCAACACUGUUCCAGACUUCCGCGCUUCCUCCAGCACUCCUGCGGCCAGCUCCUGGACCCAUUCGGACCGCCCACACGCCUGUGCUGUUUGCUCCUUACUAAAUUCCAAAUAGGAGUAACUGUACUGCAAUAAUUUUUCAAAAAACAAAAAACAAAACAAACAAAAGAGAACUAUGCAGUGUUUAUUUAUAGUUUAAAGUAUAUCUGAAGAGCCAGGACUUUUGAUAGUGAAUUGAAAAGGUUAUAAAAAAGGG